AGCUAUAGGAGAGCAGGCAGCAGCCGCUGGCAGACAGCUGGAUUAUUUAAUCUGGAUUAUCCUGCAGCGUCACACAUCUGGUAGUCUGGGAGGCUGAGAGAGAGAGAGAGAUUUUCCUCCGCUCUUUGGUCCAGAACCUCUCAGAUGGAACCGGAACCAACAGCAGAACCAACCUGGAGCCGCAGCUUAAGGCUCGGUGUCUCGGUUUGGAGAUGUGAACUAGAGAAAUGGCGGAUGAUGGAAAAAGCGGGGAGGGAGGAGGCAGGAAGGACUCAGGCGAGGGCAGCAGGUCCUUUCAUGACCCUCACAGUCUCUUCCCACUUGGCAUCACGAAGCGGAACCAGUCCCGAGGGAUUGUGAUCCAUCUGACCGGCACUGAAGGGGAGUGGGACAGCUUGGAGGACGAUGAGCUCAUCUUCCCCCUGGACCAUGGCGAGGAGAAGCCGCUUCCUGCGGAGGACGACAGAGACUUGAAGUCCCAGAACUUCCAUGUUCCUCUUUCCCCGUCAUCGCCUGGUUCCCUGGGGAACUGCUCUGCAGCGCCCCCUAGCUUCCUCUCCCCAGGGCCACCCUCACCCAGCCAGCGGCCCCUGGCCAGCCUCGUCAAGUCACGCUCCACUGAACUUGAGCCGAAAGAGGGCUCCACCCUCAGACCCAAGCCUCUCCUCAGCCUGGUGAAGUCCAUCUCCACGGAGCUGUCCCACUCGGAGCCCGAAGUGUCUCAGUCCAGAUCGGACUCCCGUCUCAACCUCCACCUGUGGAAGCAGCUGACCCAAACCAAACCCCGGACGGCCCCGCCGUCCCCCAGCGCUCUCUCUCCCAGUGCGGAGGGCCUGAAGGGGGGCUUCUUCAAGAUGGAGCUGGAGGACACGAAGAGGAAGCUGUCCGAGGCCAUGCAUGAGCCUCUGAGCAGCAUGUUCAGUAAGAUCAUGGGGGAAGACGGCGCAGGAAGCCCCAAACACCAGAGCAGGUCCACGGCGGCUCAUCAGGGGAGGGACGGCAGCGUGGACACCGUCCUCUCAGAGUCUCCGGUGAGGACCGGAAGGAGAGCAGAUGGAGACGUUCUGCCCGUGUUCGACUGGCCUUCGGUUGAAGGGCAGCCCAGAGCGCGGCGCCGCCCAUGUCCCGUCCAUCACCACAGAGAGCAGGAGCUGGAAAUAUGCCAAGAUGAUGACACGAUGCAAGUGUUUGCCAUUGAAGCUCCCAGGAGGGUCGGGAGGUCGCCUGGCUCUCCAGCACCGAACAGCUCCAGGUCCGGUCCGGAUCCUAAGCCUCCUCUGCCACGCAUGAGUCUACUCUGCGUGGCGGUUCUGUCCUACGGCUACUUCAUCCUUCCUCUGGGUCCGUACAUCUCGGGUCUGGCGUUGGGACUGGCUCUGGGCUUCCUGCUCGGCCUGUUCCUCAUUCGGAUCGGUUCAUCUGGCUCGGCUAACGUACACAGAGCAGCGCUGACCCGUCAGGCUGAGGCCCGUUUCCCAGGUGGCUCCAGCGCCGAGCCCGACGUCCUUCAGGGUUGGAUGAAUGAGAUCCAGGAUUACGACCCAGAAAUCUUCCACCCGGCUCUGACUCACUCCGUGUUCGCCACGCUGCAGGGCUGCGGCCUCCGCCUGGAUUACCCACGCUGCAACAUCAGGCGCCGCGCAGCGCACGACGACCCGCCGCAGGAAGUCGGCUUCGUCAAGACGCGCUGCUUCCGGCUGGAAAAGAGCAAAGUCUUCCUCCUGCCGGCGGCGCUGGCUCGGAAGAGAGUCUGGAACCCCAAGUAUCCCAUCUGCAUCCAGCUUGGAGCAGAGGACGACGGAACCGGGUCAGAACAGAACCUGGAUUCUGAUCCAGCACAGACUUCCUCCACACAACCUGGCGCCGCCCCGCCUGCGCUCUACCUGUUCGGACGCACGGGCCGGGAGAAGGAGGAGUGGUUCCGCCAUCUCCUGUUGGCGUCUGCGGUCCGGACCGGGCCAAGCCCCGGCCGAUGGUCCACCCGACCCGGUGCUCCGUCCCAGAGCGUCCCCGUCCCGUGGAGCCGAGGCCCCUGCAGCGCCGCCGCCGCGCCUGCUUCGCCCACCGCGCCCGCGGCCUACUACGGUCCUGCAGAUCCCUGCAGUGCCACCAGGGGUCUUUCUGCGCUUGACUACCACAGCUACAUGGCCCACCUCCUGGCUGCACAUGAGGCCACGCCCCCAUGCAGCCCCGGGGCUAGCAGCGCAGAGGCUAGCCCCACUGCUAGCCCCACCGCUAACACCACCUGUACCUGCGAUCAGGCCACGCCCCCCGGAGCCGGCCCCGCCUCCUGGGUCAACGCUCUGAUUGGCCGGAUCUUCUGGGACUUCCUGCGAGAGAAGCAGUGGGCCGACGCCGUCGCCCAUAAGAUCCAGAAGAAGCUGAGCAGAAUCAGACUGCCUUACUUCAUGAACGAGCUGACGCUGACCGAGCUGGACAUGGGCUGCAGCAUGCCGCACAUCGUGGCCGCCUCCAGGCCAGAGGUCAACCACAGAGGUCUGUGGGUGCAACUGCAGCUGGUUUACACGGGGAACCUGCAGAUGACGCUGCAGACCAAGUUCAACCUGUCCAAGCUGGGCAGAGAGAGCAGAGAGGAGACGGCGCAGAGCGGCCCCGAAGCUGGAGGCCCCAGCUGCAGGCCCGUCCUCAGCGUGUUGGCGGACAGCGAUGAAGAGUCGUCCAGUGCUGCUUCUUCUGAUGAAGAGGAGCUGCUGCUGUCGGAGCCUCACUGUUCAGCCGGGGAGAAAGGCUCGGUGGCGCCCCCUGAAGGAGGAAGAACCGGGAGGAAGAUUUUAAGAUUUGUGGACAAAAUCGCCAAAUCCAAGUGUUUCCAGCGAGCGGCGGAGAACGAGUUCAUCAGGAGGAAGUUUGAGGAUUUGUCCAACACGCCCCUGCUACUGUCGGUGGAGGUCCGGGAACUGUCCGGCACGCUGGUGGUCAACAUCCCAGCGCCCCCUACUGACAGGAUCUGGUACAGCUUCUGCGUGCCGCCCAAACUGGACCUGCAUGUUUGCCCCAAGCUGGGGCAGCGAGAGCUGAGCUUCUGCCAUGUGAGCGACUGGAUCGAGAAGAAGCUCCAGGACGAGUUCCAGAAAGUGUUUGUGCUGCCAAACAUGGACGACAUUUCCGUCCCGCUGAUGCAUGCUGGGAUGGACGAGUCCCUCAGUUCCUCCUGGGAGGAUCCGGCCGCCGCUCACCGCUAGUGCCUCGCUGCUGAGGAAACCAUGAAGUACCGAGUAAAACCAAAAAACCUUCAUGUUUAAAAAACAAAUUCAUCCAGUUUAAACAAGUUUACAUGUCAAUAAUCUGAUUUUAGUUAUUUAUUCAACAUAAAUCAGUUUUAUUUUGGAAUAUUAGAUGUGAAACAUUCAGAAAUAAAAACUUUUUAAAUAAAUAUGUGGAUAUUUACUCUUCCACCUCAGAGUCUAAUAUCAUCUCCAUAGAAACACAAUAUAAUAAUCCAUCAACCAUAAAGGCUCCAAAACCUCAUGUUUUAUUGGGUUGAUAAGCCAAUAAGCAGUCAGACCAUUCCUGAGUCCUGGACGGACGCUGCAGCAUUUAGCCGCCGCCGCCGUAGCAUUUAGCUGCCACUGCAGCAUUUAGCCGCCGCCGCCGUAGCAUUUAGCUGCCACUGCAGCAUUUAGCCGCCGCCGCAGCAUUUAGCUGCUGCUGCAGCAUUUAGCCGCCGCCGCCGCCGCAGCAUUUAGCCACCGCCGCCAUCUGAGGUUUUUACAUCAGGCAAGUCCAUGUGGAGAAAAUCUAAACUAGAAAAAGCCGUUCUGAAAAAUAAAUAGAUAAAAAUAAUAUAUAUUUGUUUAUCAAAUUAGAAAUGGAAGCAGACGUCAUAACGUCAUUCUGUUAUUGUUUCAUUUAUUUUAGUUGGUUUCACACAAACAGCUGCUGCUGAUUCGCUGACAUGUUGUCUGAUUUAUUCAUAUUUCACUUUAAUGUUUGUGUUCAGUAACAAAGUUUCCUGAAAUACGCAACUUUUAUUUUGGUAAUGAACUUCUGCUUAUCAGAAAGAAUUUGUAAACUUAAAUAUGUAGCUGGCUAACUAAAUAUUUGGUUUGAAGCUAAAUAAAUAUUUACCUUUGAACUUUGACAUUUAUAAAUGAAUGAAUAAUAACACGGUGAAAAUUAGAAUGAAAAUUAUUGAUCUUUUUUUCUCUCAUUACAGAUUAAAUAGACCAAAUAAUUGCUGGUUGUUUCUGAUUGGAGAACUUGACAGAAAUCUGCCUCUGAUUCAGAACUGAUUCCUUUGGAGCAAUGAAAAAAAUAAUUCUCAUGUUUUCAUAUUUUCAUGUUUCAGGUUCUAAGAGGUGAUAAUAAUCUAAAUAUCUCCCAAAGAUCCUGUUGACUCUCAAAAAUUCGUCACAACCAGUAGAUGGCGCUGGAACACAGGAACUGCAGCUUCUAGGCAGGAUGUGACCAUAUAAGGUUAAACUGGUUGGCUGGCCGAACCAGCUGCAGACUGGUCUUAGAUUUUCUGUUUCCCAUCAGAUCUGGAGAUCUGCUGGAUUCUUACUGUCUGUCUCAGAGAUCCGGCAGAUCUCCAGCCUGGAAGCCAACAAGCUGCUUGGAGGAAACAGAGAGAGUGAGUGAAAGCCAAAGCAGUGAUGGAGAUACGUUUACCCAGAAUGCAUUGUGGCGCCUUGCAGAGGGUCAGAUGUGACAGGAUGGUGGACUGGUAGCACUGGUUUUCCUCCCAGAUGGUGACUGGUUGUGUUCUGGUGAACCAGACUGCAGGAAACUUUCUAGAAGUUUCCAGAAACCAGCAGAGCUCUGAAAUAUGGCAACACUGUUACCUAGCAACAAGAAGGUCACGGUUCGAAUCCCGGCCCAGCUCUUUCUGUGAUGCUCUCUGGGUACUCCAGCUCUUACUGGGUUAACUGGGUUAACUGGUCUCUAUGGGCCUGAGAUUAGUGAACCAGAGACAGCUGGAGAGAGAGACAUUGGCACCCCGUGACCCCGUGACCCUGCAUGGUGCAGACGAUGGCUGGGUGGUUAAAGGAAGUGAGCUUCUGAUUUAAUUUCCCUUUUUGAUCCAUAAAGUCUUUUUAUUAUUUUAUUUCCUGACCUUUGACCCAGUUUCUGUCAGAAGCUGAAAACAUGAAAAGCUUCAGCCGUCCAGCCAACAUCAGCUCCACCUUAAAUAUUUUAAACGAGUCGUUUUUAUUGUCACUUUGGGGAAAAGGUGCAGCAGCCAUUAUGUCCUGUAACACUUGUGGUAAAUUUCAAAUCUUCUUCCUGAAACAAAACAACAGUGACUCAUUUCAAAACAAUAACUGCAUGAAUUCCUUUAUGAUUAAAUGAAGAGCAGAGUUCCUGAAGCUCAGCAGGAAAAAGGUUCAAACAAACAGAGGAGUGAGUCAAACCUGCCCAGGUUUAUUAUUAGCAAACCAUCUUUUCCUUUUGCCUGGAAGGAAAAGCUUUCAGGCGUUUCUCUGAAGGAAGUGGUUCUGCGGCUCAGUGGACCCAACUGGAGCUUAUCAGAGGAUCCUGGACGUCUGCCAGACAAACCGCUGCUUUCCUCUGGGCUCACACACCAAAACAGGGUUAACACACAAAACGGACGUGUUUUAUGAGUUAAUUAUGGAGUAAAGAAGGUCAAUUAUUAUGUGAAAGGAGCUUUGCAGGGAAGUUUUCCAGCAACCUGAAGGUUGGACACUGAGGAACAAAAACAUCCAUCGCUGAUUCCCAUCAUGACUCACCUCAGGCUUCCUCAUAUUUCUCCAUAAACGCUGUUGAUGACAGCAGACUCCUGUGGGGUCAUGACCUCCUGUGCGGUCAUGACCUCCAACACACUGAAUCCCUCGCUGAUGACCUGGACGUGGAAACCCAGCAGGAGAACCAAGCGAUGCAGCUUGAAUGUUUCCUGUCCAGGUGAUUUUCUGCAGCUACAAAAUACCAGGAGGAAAAUCACACGUUCAUCAGUCAGAGACAAGGUUGCUGAACUUUAACCCCUUCCUGCACAGCAAACGUCUUCAUGGUGGACUCAACCAGAACAUCUGGGUUUGAAACCGACAACCUGCUGCAGGAGGAGAUCUGAGCAACCGAAGCUGAUCGGUUUCCUGCGUCUUCAGAAGAUCUGGGUUCACCUGCAGCGUUCAGACACCCAGCUGUGAUGAUUAAAGUCUGUUUCUAAAGGUUCACAGAAACCUUCAGUGAAAAUCUCAUUUCUGAUGGGUUGCCAGGUUGAACACAGAGACGCAUUGUUCCAACAUCUGGGGAAGUUUUAUUUGUCUUCAGGAGAAACCAGGCGGAUGCUCAGAAACACCAGGAACUUUCAGAAGCAGAAGCAUAAAUUAGGUUUCUGUUCCCUGGUCUUACUGUAACAGACGUGAUGCAAGAAGCUGCUGCUAAGCUAACGAUCAGGCUUCAUUCCAACUGAACAGGAAACUCACUUUCUGCCUCCCGGCGACAAACGAAGCCGGUUCUGCAGCUCAGGAGAGGCGGACAGAUCAAACAUCCAGGCCCUCAAUGUUUGAGCUCUGGCGCUAACAAUUUAGCGCAUUAGCGUUAGCUUCCAGGAAUGUUUUUAUGUGACUAUAUGAUUAUAUGAUUCUUGUUUAGUGAUUUAUUGGUUAUUGAACGUCACUUUUUAGUUAGCGGUGGCUAAUAACUGCUUUACAGUCAGAAAAUGGAAACAAGAUCAAGAAAACAUGCAUGAUUUCUAUAUGCAUGAUUUGAAAUAUGUAGACCAUAAUCUGACACAAACACAUUCACCCAGUUCUCCAUUUUAAUGCAAAAAUAAAAUUUUCAUGACAACCAUUUUUCUAUUUCAUAAUCGCAUUGUAUUUUAUGAUUGUGUAUAGCACUUUGGUCCUGUUGGUGUAUAAAGUGCUUCGUAAUAAAGUUGGUAUGGUAACCAUG